UUGCCAUUUUACGCCAAUAAGUAGGGCAGUCGCUCUCCUGGGACACUUACUCUUUCCCAGAGUUCUCGCUCGCCCGAUUCCGAUAACAACGGCCUAGUGUUCGUUCGCCGUCCCUCAAGAUGGCCGACUACGCGACUCAGCAGUACAGCAACUUCGAGGGCUACGAGGAUGACGACCAGUACGAGACUGGGAACGGGCUUGACGACGUCGGCCUGGCGGACGAGAAUGCCAUCACACCCGAGGACUGCUGGGAGGUCAUCGCGGCGUAUUUCGACUCCAAAGGCCUCGUCUCUCAGCAGAUCGAUUCCUUUGACGAAUUCACGUCCACCACAAUCCAGUCGCUCGUCGACGAGUAUGCCGACUUGACCCUCGACCAUCCGAAUCCGGGCGACGAUGCCGGCCGAGACAUUGCAAUGCGGAGAUAUGAUAUCCACUUUGAUAACGUGCUCAUCUCGAAGCCGACGCUCACAGAGGCCACCGGCGAAACGACCAGUCUCCUCCCCUAUGAGUGCCGCGACCGCAAUUUGACGUAUUCUGCGCCAAUGUACUGUCGAGUCAUGAAGCGUGCCCGUGUAGCGAUCAAUGAGGAAGUGCCCUUGAAGGACAUGGAUGAGGAGCAGCAAGAAUACAUGGCGCGCACCGGCGAGGUGCCCAAGAUCAUCCGCUGGGAAGAGGAAGACACGGGGCCGUCAGAGGGCGCCAAGGGAGAUGACCAGAAGGGCGACCUGAUCUUCCUCGGCAAACUGCCCGUCAUGGUCAAGUCGCAGGUCUGCCAUCUGCACGGUGAAGACGAGGAGUCUCUUUUCCUGCUCAACGAGUGUCCGUAUGACCAGGGCGGAUACUUCAUCAUUAACGGCAGCGAGAAAGUCCUUAUCGCCCAGGAGCGCUCUGCCGCCAACAUUGUUCAGGUGUUCAAGAAGCCUCCAGGAGGCAGCGUCUCGUACCAGGCCGAGAUCCGCUCCGCGCUGGAAAAGGGUUCGCGGCUCAUUUCGUCUCUGCAGAUGAAGCUACACACCAAGGGUUCUCCGGAAAAGGGUAGGCUGCCAAACACUGUCAGCGUCACGCUCCCGUACGUGCGCGAAGACGUGUCGCUCGCCAUCGUUUUCCGUGCUCUCGGCAUUGUGUCCGAUGAAGACAUCCUCAACCACAUCUGUUACGACCGGACAGAUACCCAGAUGCUUGAGGCUCUGCGGCCCUGUAUCGAGGAGGCUUUCUGCAUCCAGGAUCGCGAGAUCGCCCUUGAUUUCAUUGGCAAGCGUGGCAACGGCAACGCCGGCCAGAACCGCGUCAACCGUGUCCGGGCUGCAAAGGAGCUGCUCCAGAAGGAGAUGCUGCCCCACAUCUCGCAGACCGAGGGUUGCGAGACGAGAAAGGCCUUCUUCCUGGGCUACAUGGUGCACAAGCUUCUUCAGUGCGCGCUCGGUCGUCGGGACCCUGACGACCGUGAUCACUUUGGCAAGAAGAGGCUGGAUCUCGCCGGCCCCUUGUUGGCCAAGCUGUUCCGUGGCGUCAUCAGGCGCAUGACCCAGGACCUGAUGUCGUACAUGAAGCGCUGCAUCGACACCAACAAGAACUUCUCCUUGGCGCUGGGCAUCAAGCACUCGACCCUCACCAACGGUCUCAAGUACUCGCUUGCCACGGGCAACUGGGGCGACCAGAAGAAGGCAAUGAGCUCGACGGCCGGUGUGUCCCAGGUAUUGAACCGCUACACCUUCGCCUCGACGCUCUCGCAUCUGCGGCGCACCAAUACCCCCAUCGGCCGCGACGGCAAGCUUGCGAAGCCCCGCCAGCUCCACAACACUCACUGGGGCUUGGUGUGCCCGGCCGAGACGCCCGAAGGGCAGGCCUGUGGUCUCGUCAAGAACCUGUCGCUCAUGUGCUACGUCAGCGUGGGCACGCCCGCGGAUCCAAUCGUCGAGUUCAUGAUCGCCCGAGGCAUGGAGGUGCUCGAAGAGUACGAGCCGCUCCAGUACCCCAAUGCUACCAAGGUGUUCGUCAACGGCACCUGGGUCGGCAUUCACCAAGACCCAAAGAACCUCGUCAGCCUGGUCCAGGGGUUGAGGAGAAAGAAUGUCAUCUCGUUUGAGGUCUCCCUUGUCAGGGACAUUCGCGACCGCGAAUUCAAGAUCUUCUCGGAUGCCGGCCGCGUCAUGAGGCCGCUGUUUACUGUAGAGCAAGAUCCAAACAGCGAGAGCGGCGCCGAGGUUGGCGCUUUGAUUCUCAACAAGGAGCACAUCGCCCGGCUCGAGGCGGACAAGGAGCUAGGCAAGUAUCAUCCGGAUUACUGGGGCUGGCCGGGCCUGUUGAAGUCGGGUGCCAUUGAGUACCUUGAUGCCGAGGAGGAGGAGACGGUCAUGAUCUGCAUGACGCCCGAGGACCUCGACAAUUUCCGUGCUCGGAAGAGGGGAGAGGUGAUCGAGGACACAUCGGGCAUAGGCAACAACCGGAUCAAGACCAAGCCGAACCCGACGACGCAUAUGUACACGCAUUGCGAGAUCCACCCCAGCAUGCUGCUCGGCAUCUGCGCCAGCAUCAUCCCGUUCCCCGAUCACAACCAGUCGCCCAGAAACACAUAUCAGUCUGCCAUGGGCAAACAGGCCAUGGGCUUCUUCCUCACAAACUACUCGAAGCGCAUGGACACGAUGGCCAAUAUUCUCUACUACCCGCAGAAGCCGCUGGCGACGACGCGGUCGAUGGAGUUCCUCAAGUUCCGAGAGCUGCCCGCCGGCCAGAAUGCCAUCGUCGCCAUCGCAUGCUACUCCGGUUACAACCAAGAAGACUCUGUGAUUAUGAAUCAGAGCAGCAUCGACCGCGGCCUCUUCCGCAGUCUCUUCUUCCGCUCGUACACUGACUGCGAGAAGCGGGUGGGCAUCAACAUCGUCGAGAAGUUUGAGAAGCCCAACAGGAGCGACACCCUACGGCUCAAACACAGCACGUACGACAAGCUCGACGCCGACGGCAUCGUCGCGCCUGGCGUCCGUGUUUCCGGCGAGGAUAUCAUCAUCGGCAAGACGUGUCCUAUCAACCCCGACAAUGCCGAGCUCGGCCAGCGGUCCGCACAGCACGUCAAGCGCGACGCGUCCACGCCACUGCGCAGCACCGAAAGCGGCAUCGUUGACCAGGUCGUCGUCACGACCAACCAGGACGGCAUGCGGUACGUCAAGGUCAGGGUUCGUACGACCAAGAUUCCGCAGAUCGGCGACAAGUUCGCCUCUCGCCACGGCCAAAAGGGAACCAUCGGUGUCACGUACAGGCAGGAAGACAUGCCGUUCACGUGCGAGGGUAUCACGCCCGACCUCAUCAUCAACCCGCAUGCCAUCCCGUCGCGCAUGACCAUCGCCCACUUGAUCGAGUGCUUGCUGUCCAAGGUCUCCACGCUGAAGGGGAUGGAGGGCGACGCGACGCCUUUCACCGAGGUGACGGUCGACAGCGUGUCGGACCUCCUCCGCGAGCACGGGUACCAGUCCCGCGGCUUCGAGGUGCUGUACCACGGCCACACGGGCCGGAAGCUGCGUGCGCAGGUGUUCUUCGGGCCGACCUACUACCAGCGCCUGCGCCACAUGGUGGACGACAAGAUCCACGCCCGUGCCCGCGGCCCACUGCAGAUUAUGACGCGCCAGCCGGUCGAGGGUCGCGCGCGCGACGGUGGUCUGCGGUUCGGUGAAAUGGAGCGCGAUUGCAUGAUUGCCCACGGUGCGGCGAGCUUCUUGAAGGAGCGCUUGUUCGAGGUGUCGGACGCGUUCAGGGUGCACAUCUGCGAGAUUUGCGGCCUGAUGACGCCGAUCGCAAACCUGACCAAGCAAUCCUUCGAGUGCCGGCCCUGCAAGAACAAGACCAAGAUUGCGCAGGUGCACAUGCCAUACGCCGCCAAGUUGCUCUUCCAGGAGCUCAUGUCCAUGAAUAUUGCCGCGCGCAUGUUCACCAGCAGGUCAGGCAUUUCCGUGCGUUAGCCGACAGGUUGGGCGAGGACGCGGCGGCGAUAUCCAAGGUGGCUGUAUAGAUGAGGAAAGACGAGAUGGAAGGAGAGAAACUCCAAUGCAUUCGAGGGUCGUUUGGCGUUUCUCUGUUACGCGCGUUCUUACACUGCUAACUAGUUUAUUACCCACCGAGCUCAGUGAGGAGCGAGCCGGGGUGCCUUUUUGCCGGGGCGGCUUUCGGUUC